AUGCCCUUGCGUGGCCGCGGCCGGUUCCCUGGCGCGCGGACCGAGGAGCAAAGCGGGGCGAUCAAGAAGUAUGUGGCGCUGCAGCGCCCUGGCUCGGAGCGCGCGAUUGCGAUGCUCAAGGAUGUCGGUGCGGCGGUCAAGGACCUGAUGCAGCGGCAUGGGUGGCAACUGCCUGUGCUCGCCGAGAUGUACCCCCGCAGCGCGAACCUGCUGGGCCUGAAUAUCAAUCGCGGCGCAAAGAUCUGUCUGAGGCUACGGCAUGCAGGCCGCUCCGACGCGUUCCUCGAACGCAACGAAGUGAUUGGAACCAUGCUCCAUGAGCUUGCCCACAAUGUAUGCGGGCCGCACAAUACCCAGUUUUAUACCACGCUUGCGCAGCUCACCGAAGAAUACGAUACCGCCCAGCGCCUGGGCUACUGGCCCGGCGCUGGGUUCCUCACGCCCGGCGUGCGCCUCGGCGGCCGCGACGCGCCCCUCUCGCCAGACGCACGCCGCGCGCGUGCCGCGGAGCAGGCGCUGCAGCGGCAGCGCACGCAGCAAGGCACGUUCCGCCUCGGCGGCGCGGCGCCGGGCCAGCGCUCGCUGCGCGAGUUGGCAGCCGAGGCGGCGCUACGUCGUAUUCGCGAUGCAAAGACGUGUGCCUCGGCGUCGCAGGCCGAGAUCGACGCGGUGCGCGCCGAGACCGACGCCGCCGAAGACGGCGCGAUCGUCGUGUACGACAGCGACGAGGACGCGUCGCCCGAUCCACGCGCACCAUCGGGCACCCGCGACGACCCCAUCGUCCUGUGA